AUGCUGAACAUUGUAGCAAUCUACGCGAUCAGAAAGACUACGUCUUUGCCUAAAAAUUUAAAAACAUUGCUCCUGAGCCAAGCUGUUUCUCAUCUUGGUGUUGGUUUACUAGUUCAGCCAAUGGUUGUUGCACAAGCUAUGGACUCAAAACGAAACAGUGAAACGCGUCUUAUCCCGACGAAACUCUUGAUCUUUGCGACGAAUCUCUUCAUCUUUGCGACAUUGUUUAGCGUCACGGCUCUCUGUGCAGACAGAUUUUUGGCAAUUCACCUUAACCUCAGAUACCAGGAACUUGUGACAUACAAGCGUGUUGCUGCUGCCGUGAUCUCAAUUUGGGUGAUAAGCGCACUUAUUUCAAUGAUCAGAUUAUUCCGUCCAUGUCAAAUUAUGUACGUGAGUUUCGUCAUUAUUGAAUCUGCCUGUAUUAUAACUGCAACUUCUCUGAGCGCCAAACUUUACCUAACUAUAAGACGCCACAUAAAACAAAUUCAAGUCCCGCAAGUAGCCCAGAAUGACCAAGGAGAAAGUGUUCAAAGAAAAAGGAAAUCUGCGAUGGCAUCGCUUUACGUAUAUCUGGUUUUCAUAGCUUGCUACUUGCCUGAUAUUUGUAUGUUAAUUAUUAACGCUUCCAUUUCCGAACAAAGAAACGAUCUACAGCAUUUGUAGUUUUAUACAGUGACCCUGUUGUUCCUGAAUUCAACCAUUAACCCACUAAUCUACUGUUGGAAGAUGAAACGAAUCCAGCACACUAUUGUAGGCACACUUCGAAAUCUUUUUUCAAGUCCCACCUAGAGAAAGCUCCACCAUAGACUAAGACGAACAGAGGACUACGAAAGCCUUAUAAGGUCAUCUUCAUACGGUCCUUAUACGGUCUGUAAUUAAAUGAAGCUAUACCACUUGAAUGCUUUGCGAAUUACCCUAUAUGUUAUUUCCAUGACACAAUCCAUGCUGUCUUCAUUCAGUUUUUAAACGUCCUUAUGCAAAGUUUUAGUUAAAAAAAUUCAUUACUUUUGUAAAAUGAACCUUUAAAAGCGCGAUACACUUGCGCGUGACACACUUCACAGUGUCUUAGUGAUGCAAGAGUGAGCCAGUUUAAUAACCUUUUCACUGUGUUAAAACCUAACAACGUUUAAUUCGUCAUGCAGCAAAGGUUUUGCUGAAAUAGACCUUAACUAAGAUGAUAUAGUUAUGUCAUUACUAUACAAUUUAAGUGUACGAGAUUAUUCUUAAUGAUAGGAGGGGGAGAAAGUAUGAUUAAAAAAAACCUUUUCUCUAAACUGUUCACGUUUAGAACCCUUAGGAUUUUAUGGUUUAACUGUUUUCGUCUCAAAAAACAUAUGUAUUGUCAAAUCCGUCUUGGUAUCUCGUAUUGUUUUGCAGUGCUUUUUAUCGUUAUUUUUUAUUAAGCAACAUUUCACCAAGGAUAAUAAUGAAAAGAAAAGCCCCAGCCGUACAAAAGAAACCACCCUUUACCUCCGUCUAAAGACUUGCUGAAAAUUUGCCCAGAAACGAGAAUAUCAAACUUCAUCUAGCCUGCGAGGAAGCUCUCUAUUUUGGGCGAGACGCGAGAAUUCACGCGAGAGCAGCCACGUAAGGAGACGCGGGUGCGAGGGGCGGGGUGACAGGCGCGUUCUCUCGCGACUCGCUUUGCUUUUUCGCAGGCUAAACUUCAACAGCUGUCUUGCGCGCUAUUCAUUUUCAUGACAAUUUCGAUCGAUCGUGGAACCUUAACGCUUUUCGCGGUUUACAACCUUUAUUGAUUAUUGUUACUAUAUUUUCACUUCCAUUCUGACCUAGAAAGGUCUGAAAUUAUAGCUUCCAACAAGAGCCUGAAUCAGAGAGGGAGUUCGUGAAUAUAACGCGCUCUCAACUAAACAUGAAUUGUCGGUGCCAGUUUCAUAAUAGAAUUGGGUUGCAAAUGAAUUUCACCUCAACAACAACAACAAGAAAAGAAAUAGUUUUUAAGCCCACUUGCGUUUAAUGGUUGAAAAACUGUCCACUAAUAGUUUUUGUCGUCGAGCUUAAAAAUUGCAAAUGGAACGCAAGUCCAUGAAAGAUUUGGGGAACCACAUGACAUGUAAAUUAAACAGCUGAAAUUUUCCAAGUUGGUUAUUUAAAGCCAACUCUUAUCCUCUUUCUGCAAACUAAAUAUUCUUUUUUAGACACUACAUUUUGUGAAAAAUACCAAAAAAUUCACCACCUUUAAGAGAAGAAAACACUUUGUAACUCCUUCAAUAGGGACUGUAAACUCUAAAUGAGAAGCCCUCAUGUUAACGCCAUAAACUAGAAGUCUUUCAUUUUACAUCAUUUCAUUUUUACUGUCAAUUAAAUCGGCUAGAAUACUAACGAGGAAUGUUUGUUCUUAAAUAUUUCAUUCGACCGCUUUUAGUCCCAACUAAUAAGCAACAUGCCAUUUUACAGUAAAUUUUAAUGAACAUAGAGCAUAUGGAGCAUACACAAGAGUGAAGGACAGUUUUGUCCUUUUUCGCUUUUUGUUCACUCGCACGCAAUAUGGCCAUAUAGUGGCCCCAAUAACGAAAAAAAACUUCCAAUACGACUUAACUGUCAACGGUGGAAAAACGGUGGGGCAAGUUUUCUGUGUUUUACUUGAAGUUAAUUUAAACAAAACUUCCUGUUUUUAAAUUGGUAUAACGCUAAUAAAAAAAAGACGAUUUUGAAAAUAACCAAGAGAACUAUUCUGACACUUUGACCAGCAAUAUUUCAUGAUUAGUUGCUGCGUCAUUGUGUUAAGAUAAAAUGUUUCAUAGUGGCCCAGUCAAAGUACCGUUAUCAAAUGCUACCCUAUUGAAAGUCGUGGAGUUCUAAAAAUAAGUCAAUCCGCUACGAAGCUCUGGUAGAAGAAGUCCACGAAACUGAUUCUACUGAAUUCAUAAAAUAUCAAACUCUGGCAUCAUCUGAUAGGAAUUUAACUGGCUUCAACACAAAUUCAAAAAAGACAACAAAUGGAUUCCUCGUAUCUCGUAGUUUGCCUUUUAAAUGCAAUUUUAUCCUACACCGCCACCAUGCUAAACAUUGUAAAAAUCCACUCGAUAAGAAAAACUCCGACCUUGUCAAAGAAUUUAAAAACAUUGCUCCUGAGCCUGGCUGUUUCUGAUCUUGGUGUUGGGUUACUAACUCAGCCAAUGGGAACUUUAGACUCAAAAACACAAACAAAAGGCAGAAAAUGGGUCAGUUUCGAAUUAUCAAAAUUCAUACUUGGCUCGGAGGCUGCAGGGAAUAAAAUAGAAUAGAAUUGGGUAGCAAAUGAAUUUCAUCUCAACAACAACAACAACAACAACACCAACAACAAAAGAAAUAGUUCUUAAGCCUACUUGCGUUUAAUGGUGGGGUGCAAAACCAAACAUAAACUGUCCACUAAUAGUUUAUGUCGUCGAUAUUACAAAUUGCAAAUACAACACAAGUUAAUAAAAGAGUUGGGGGACCAUAUGAUAUGUAAAUUAAACAGCUAAAAUUUUCCGAGUUGGUUAUUUAACACCUACACUUUGCUAAGUAUUAGUUUUUAGGCGUGUGAAAAAUAUCAAACAUUUCACCACCUUUAAAGAGACGAAACACUUUGUAACUCCUUCAAUAGGGACUGUAAACUCUAAAUGGGAGCCCUAACGUUAACGCCAAAAACUACAAGUCUUUAAUUUUGAAAUAUAAGGUUUUUAAGCAUUAACAUGUUCAUCAAAAUUAAAUGGGCUAACAGACUAAUGAGGAAGAGUUUUUUUUAAAUAUUUCAAUCGACCGCUUUUUGUCCCAACUAAUAAGCAACAUGUCAUUUUGCAGUAAGUCUUAAUAACUUUCUUUUAAAAUAUAGCAUAUUUACCAUACACAAGGGUGAAGGACAGUUUUGUCCUUUUUCGAACUUCGCUCGUUCCGAUGCAAUAUAGCCAUAUAACGGCCCCAAUAAAGAAAAAAAAACUUCAAAUAUGACUUAACUGUUAAAGCUGGGAAAAAUGGUGGGGCAAGUUUCCUGUGUUUCAGUUGAAGUUACUUUAAACAGAACUUCCUGUUUUUAAAUUGGUAUGACGCUAACAAAAACACAUAACGAUUUUACAAUUUGUCUUGAAAAUAACCAAGACAUCUAUUCUGACACUUAGACCAGCAAUACUUAAUGAUUAGUUGCUGCGUCAUUGCCCAGUUAAAGAGGAAUUUAGUCAAAGUACUUAUCAAAGGAUAACUUAUUGAAAGUCGUGAAAUUCUAAAAAUAAGUCCAUCUGCUUCGAAGCUCUGGUAGAAAAAGUCCACGAAACUAACUCUACUGAAUUCAUAAAAGAUCAAACUCUUGCAUCACCUGAUAGGAAUUGAACUGGCUUCAGCACAAAUCCAAAAAGGACAACAAAUGGAUUCCUCGUAUCUCCUAGUUUGCCUUUUAAAUGCAUUUUUAUCCUACACCGCCACCAUGCUAAACAUUGUUACAAUCCGCGCCAUAAGAAAAACUCCGACCUUGUCAAAGAAUUUAAAAACAUUGCUCAUUGGUCUGGCUGUUUCUGAUCUUGGUGUUGGUUUAGUGGCGCAACCUUUGUAUUUGGCAAGUCUUAUUAUGGAGUCACGGCUAAACAUUGAAACUAGCAAAACGUAUAUAAAUGCCAUCUAUAUCGCGAGCCUUAUCCCGACAAAUUUAUUUAUUUUCGCUACGCUGUUUCUCGUCAUUGUUCUUUGUGCAGAGAGAUUUAUAGCCAUUCAUUAUUACCUUAGAUAUCAAGAACUUGUGACACACAAGCGAGUUGUUGCUGUAGUCGUCUCAACUUGGGUAUUAAGCGGACUGUUUUCCUUGACCAGGCUGUGGAUCCCAAAGAAUAUUAUGUACGUGGUUUUUGGCAUUACACAACUUGCAUGUAUUAUAGCUGCCACUUUCUUCAGUAUCAGAAUUUACUCGUCCGUGCGACUUCACGUGAACCAAAUACACGUGCUGCAGCUACAACAUGCUACAAAUGGUUAA